AUGGUCUGGAUGGUAGCAGCCGUGGGGUUUUGGGAGAGAGCAGCCUUUUGGGGCCUUGCCGCUCCUUGGCAGAACUACAUGGAGAACAAUCGAAACUACACCAUGGAGCAGACACCAGGCGCCCUCGGUCUGGGCCAGUCCACGGCCACACGUGUCUUUUGCGGAUUUUUUGUCCUCUACUUCACCUGUCCGAUAUUCUUUGCCCCCAUAAUAGACAGCCGUCUCGGCCAGUACAAGACGCUUGUUGCCAGUCUGGCAAUAUACACUUUGGGUUGCACUGCUCUCGUCGCCAGUUCGGCGCCGAAAUUGCUCGACCGCGGAUCCGGAUUGCCGGGCCUUGCUGUGGCAAUGUUCUUGAUAGCCCUAGGAGGCGGAUGUUCGCAAGCCACCAUUAGAUCCUUCAUUGCCGCCCAGUACACGGAUAGGACGCCUCGACUUCAGAAGCGUCUGCCGUCGCAGAGCCGAUUUUGUACAAACACCAGAAAACGACUAGAACACACUAGCUUCUCCAAGUGGCUUCCACCUGCUGCAACAGAAGAAGUGGUUCUAGUCGACCCCGAGCUUACGCUCAAGUUCAUUUACACCUUGUUGUUCUGGGUAGGCAACGUAGGCGCCUUGCUCGUGUUCCCUAUUGUCUGUAUUGAGAGAUUUCAUGGUUUCUUUCCCGCAUAUCUUCUCGGCCUCGGCUGCGUAUCCAUGGCUCUUCUCAUGAUCAUCGCCGGCAGGAAAUCCUUUGUAAAACCCCCGCUUUCACAAAAUGUGACGCUACCAGCUGCCAAGGUUCUGCUUUGUGCUGCGCGCAGUGGAUUCAAUAUGGAGCAUGCAGAUCCCCAUUACCGGUCCGUCCAUGGUAAGAAAGCGGUGGCUUGGAGCAGCCAGUUUGUCGUCGAAAUCACCCGCGCACUGGGCGCUUGCAGGGUCCUCUUGGCAUUUGUCGUCUUCUACAUUUGCUUUGAUCAAAUGCAGAACAAUCUCAUCUCUCAAGCUGGACACAUGAAUAAGGGAAAAACGCCCAAUGAAGUUGUUCCCAGCAUGAAUCAGGUGGCCUGCAUAAUAGUCAGCCCCUUGGUGGAAUACGUGGUCGACCCUGCACUGUCGAAGCGGCGCAUUUACCUCCGACCCGUUACUCGCAUUGCGAUUGGCUUCAUCUUCAUUUCGCUUUCGAUGGCGUAUGCAGCCGUUGUGCAGCAUUUCAUCUACAUGUCUCCGCCCUGCUUCAGCCACCCAUCCCACUGCGAGAACAACCCGGGUGCUUCCCAACACCGGCCCAACAUUUGGAUCCAGACACCGGUAUUCGUGCUUAUGGCUGCAGGCGAGGUCUUUGCCAUGACUACGGCCAUGGAAUACGCAGAGCGCCAUGCUCCUCACGACAUGAAGGUUUUUGUGCAGGCUAUCAACAUGCUCAUCACUGGCGUCGGCUCUGUCUGUGCCAUGCUCAUUGCCGAAGCAGCGCACGACCCCUAUCUUGUGAUAUUCUACUCUUGCCUGGCUGGAGGCAUGGCAGCCACUACCGUCAUAUUCUACAUUCUUUUUCGAAACAAGGACAGAGACGCGACACAGUCACCACAUGACCCCGAAAACGCCAUAACGAAACUUGAGCCCGGUUCGUGA